UGAGUAGCCAGCCGGGAGGAGUUCAGUAAAAGCGCUGUUAUCGCCAGCUUUUACCCAGGUCUCGUUCAAUAAAAGUAGGUCCAACUUAUGCGUUAAAAUAAAAUCCUUAAGUAUAAAAGUCUUGUUGGAAAGGGACCUAGUAUUCACUAGCGCGCUCGUUUUGCUGCUCCGCGCGGCUGAGCGGGCGGAGAUUCCCCGGUACACUGCCCCGUCUCUGGGUCUCAGCGUAACGCCAACGCGGAAGUGUGCAGCUGGUCCCAGGAGCAGUCUGUAAGAGCCAUCGGUAGCUGAUAUGGACUUGUAAAUCCACACAGUAUCCAGACGCUGGGCAGCGGGGAGCACUUUCAUCUGCAGAAGCCAGCUAUAAAAGCCGCCGUGCUGAUUCAGCGAUGGUACCGUCAGUACGUCGCCCGCACAGAGAUGAGGCGCAGAUAUACCUGGCACAUCUUCCAGUCCAUCGAAUACUCUGGAGAACAAGCCCAAAUAAAACUUUACAAUUUCCUCGGCUAUCUCAUGGACAACUUCACACCGUCAAGCUGUGAACGGAAUUUGAUCUCACACAUCUUCAGAGAGAAUGAGGUGUGUCGGGACGCAGAGUGGGAGAGGUACUUCUGCUACAAAAACAUAGAGGUGCCAGAGAUUUAUUCAGGACCCCAUCUCACCUUCCCACUCACUGUGGAGCAGGCAGCUGGCCUGGUGGAAGCCUUUAGGAACAAGAAACAGCUACAUUCUCGCUACGUUCUCCAGCUCCUCUUGGAGACAUGGAAACAGCUCCGGAUGUUGCCAAAUAUCAAUCGCGUCUCCACCUGCCACAGUAAAGAAAUCACUAUUUGUGGUGAUUUACAUGGACAGCUGGAAGACCUGCUACUGAUUUUCUACAAGAAUGGGAUGCCAUCCUUAGAGAAGUCAUAUGUGUUUAAUGGAGACUUCGUAGACCGAGGCAAAGACUCCAUUGAGAUCCUCCUCAUUCUGUUUUCAUUCCUACUCAUCUAUCCCAGUGCGGUCCACCUUAACCGCGGAAACCAUGAGGACCACAUAGUCAACUUGAGGUAUGGCUUCACAAAAGAAGUGCUGUCGAAGUAUAAGAUGCAUGGAAAACGGAUCCUGAAGCUGCUACAAAAAAUAUUCAGCUGGCUGCCCUUAGCAACAGUGAUUGACCAGAAGGUACUGGUCCUUCAUGGAGGGAUCUCCGACAGCACAGACCUCAGUGUCCUCACCAGGGUGGACAGACACAAUUAUGUAUCUGCACUGAAACCUCCGAAGAAGAGACAUGACUUCUCAGCCGGCUUAUCCAGUGACUCGGAAACUGAUGAAGAAUUUUGGGGUACCAGCAAGGUGUUCCAGCGCCAGGCCUCCUUCAGCUUUCCUAAACCCUUGGGAACCCGCGAGAGCUUCCAGAACCGCUCUCUGCAGGACUUCUCUGAUCGGAUCAAAGGGACAUUAAAUGAUGAACGGGACAUUCACAUGCGCAAAGCAUCCAUUAUCAGUGCUGAGAACAUAAGAUUAGAAAAUACGACAGUCCCAUCUGUAUCUUCUGACUCGAUGAGCAGUGACAAUGCCAGGGAAGAGUGGAAAUGGAUCCUGGACCUCUUGUGGAGUGACCCAAUGAAUGAAGACGGCUGUAUGCCCAAUGAGGUGAGGGGUGGUGGCUGCUACUGGGGCCCCGAUGUCACAGAAGAGUUUCUGAACAAACACAACCUGCAGCUCAUAAUCCGCUCCCAUGAGUGUAAACAGGACGGCUAUGAGUUCUGCCACAACCGUAAGGUUCUCACAUUGUUCUCUGCCUCCAAUUACUAUGAUGUGGGCAGCAACAGGGGAGCCUAUGUCAAACUGGGCCCGGACCUCGUGCCUUACGUCAUUCAGUACCAGGCCACCAGCAUGACCAGAGAGCGCACUGUCAAACAAAGUGUGGGCCGAACAGAGCGCUCCGCCCUCAGAGUCCUCAGGGAGCAGCUGUUUGCUCACAAAUCAGACCUCAUCUGUGCCUUUAAACAGUUUGACAUCAAGGACACAGGUCUUGUGUCUCUGAAUGACUGGGCGUCUGCUGUAGAGAACGUGAUGAACCUUGCCCUGCCCUGGAGAAUGCUUCGCUGUCAGCUGGUCACCUGCAAAAUCUCAGAGGGCAUGAUAGACUACCACGCGUGGUUCGACACACUCGCCAUCAAAGGAUCCAACAAUGAUCACAUUGAUCAGAAUCUGCUUGACACCCUGUACCGCCACCGCUCCACUGUGGAGACCAUCUUCAGAAUAGUGGACACAGACAACUCAGGCUUCAUCACCAUUGAGGACUUCCUGCAGACAUGGAAGUUGCUGAGCGUCUACCUAAAGAUGGAGAUCACAGACGAGUCUAUCUCUGACCUGGCCGUCACCAUUGACAGCAACCACGAUGGCAGCAUCGAUAUUGACGAGUUUAUGGAGGCUUUCCGUCUCACCGACCAGAAGAGUCACUUGGAGCGAGGCCGCAGCAUGUUCAUGGGAACAGCUGUUGACCUCCCCAAACGGGAGGGACCAGACCUCUGCAAUUUCAACACAGAGGAAAACAGUGAAUCACAGCUUAACAGGGAGUGACAUCCUCACUUGGAAGAAGGAGAUGAAACAAACCAAAGCUGCUUUAAUGACGCACAUGAAGACGUUGGAUGCUGCACGUGGAUCACGCGGGAUUACGAAGAAGUCAGAGUUCAGGGUAUUAGACAUCAAAUGUCUAUUUCACAUGGACUGAGGACUAUAAGUCACACUGACAAAAUAAUGUAUUCGAGUAAGUUAUUAAUAAAUAUAUUAAAAAAUACAAAUAAAAAAUGAUGUAAAUUUAAAUGACAAAAACUAAAAUACAUGUGAAUGAAAAAAUAAUGAAGUGAUUUGAAUAAUUCUCACCUGAUUUGAUUAAACAGUGGUGAUCUGAUGAAAACAGACAUUUAAAAAAAAUACUUUUCCUUCUUCUCUGUGCUGGCAACAGUGUAGAGUUUGGACAGCAAAAACAUGGGUAGGUGGAUUAGUAUAUCCAGCCAGUUUA